AUGAAAAGUGCAAGAAGAAAUACCGGGAUGCAAGGGUGGGCAAGAAGAAAUACCGGGAUACAAGGGCGGGCAAGAAGAAAUGCCGGGAUACAAGGGCGGGCAAGAAGAAAUACCGGGAUGCAAGGGUGGGCAAGAAGAAAUACCGAGAUGCAAGGGCGGGCAAGAAGAAAUACCGAGAUGCAAGGGCGGGCAAGAAGAAAUACCGAGAUGCAAGGGCGGGCAAGAAAUACCGGGAAACAAUGA